AUGCCGCCCAAGAAGCGUGGCCUCGAUGUCAUCGACCUCAUUAGCAGCGAGGGCGAGACCUCAUCAGCGCCGCCACCAAGCAAAAGGCCGGCCGUAAACCGGGGCCCGUCUUUGGGACAAUCCUCCGGGGCCCGUGUUGCGGGCAGCCAGCCGUAUAACACCCAACGCACGGCUAGCUCUAGUUCUUUCGCCGGCCCUUCUUCACAGAAUGUGUAUUACGACCGGGACGAUGCUGACCUAAUCGACCUCACACAAGCUCCCGAUGGUCCAGCCCGAGAGCUUUAUGGAAAUCUCGAUACCAAGAUCGUCGGAGUGCGGUACUACAACGGCUACGCCUCGCAGGGAGAGGUUGUCGUCUGUCUGCGGGAACCCACCAACCCAUACGAUUCCAAUGCCAUUCGGGUCUGCAAUGUCAUGGGCAUCCAGAUUGGCCACAUCCCGCGCAAGGUGGCCGAGAAGCUGGCGCCAUACGUUGACAAUGAUGAUGUUGCUUUGGAAGGAACACUCACAGGCGAGAAGGGCGUGUUCGACUGCCCCGUUCGCCUGCACCUUUUCGGAACCGGCGAUCGUGAGCAGCGUCUGCAAUUGGAAGACAGGCUAAAGAAGGAUAAGCUCAUCAAAGCCACCGAGCUCAAGAAGACCAGGGCUGAGGCUGAAGCCCAGAGAAAGGCACUCGGCAUCAAGAAUUCACAGUCAACGAUCGGCUUGGGCGGCUGUGCCUCAGCGGCCCCAGAACCGGAAGUGUCACUGGAGCAGCUCACGCAAGCCAGUCAAGCUUUGCAAACCCACAGUCGCGGUGAUGCAGUCAAAUCCCUUGUUAUCGACGAAGAUACUCUGGCCGCUAUGCCUAUGGCGGAGCAGCCAGCCGUGCUAGAAGCUCAGCUUUUGCCGUAUCAGUUGCAGGGGUUGGCCUGGAUGACGUCCAAGGAAAGCCCCCAGUUUCCACCGAAGGGCACUACGGAAAGUAUUCAGCUUUGGCAACGGAUCCCAAAGAAUGACAAGGUAAUGAGCAACAUGGCGACCAACUUCGUGAUGAACGAACCCAAACUGCUCUCUGGCGGCAUUCUUGCUGAUGACAUGGGUCUUGGCAAAACUCUCCAAGUUAUCAGUCUCAUUUUGACGGGCGGUCCCGGCACUACCCUUAUCGUCGCUCCAUUGAGUGUCAUGAGCAAUUGGGAGCAGCAAAUGCGCAGACACGUCAAGAAGGAACACCUUCCAUCCAUUUACACGUACCAUGGAUCCAACAAGGUGGGUAAGGAUGAGCUGGCAAAGUACCAAGUUGUCAUCACCAGCUACAAUACGCUUGCCAUGGAGGGACCAAAGAAGGCUGAAGACUCCGUUCCCAAAACAUCGCCCCUGAUGCAGAUGAAAUGGAGGCGAGUCGUGCUUGACGAGGGCCAUACCAUCCGCAACGCCAAAACCAAAGCAGCCAUCGCCGCAACCAAGCUCACUGCUCAAUCCAGAUGGGCGCUUACCGGAACUCCAAUCAUCAACAACAUCAAGGAUUUCCAGUCCCUACUCCAGUUCCUCCAUAUCACUGGUGGUGUCGAACAACCAGUCAUUUUCAACACAGUUAUCUCCCGGCCACUCGCUCAAGGGCAUCAACGAGCCGAGACACUCUUACAGCUUCUUAUGAGAGACCUUUGCUUGAGGCGCAAGAAGGACAUGAAGUUUGUCGAUUUGAAGUUACCGCCCAAGACGGAGUACGUACAUCGCAUCCAGUUUAGACCGGAUGAGAAGAACAAGUACGAAGCUUUAUUGAACGAAGCCAAGGGGGCGCUCGAAGAUUAUCGUAAUCAAACCAAAGCAGGAAAAGGCCAGUUUCAGAGCGUCCUGGAACGACUUCUACGUUUACGACAAGUUUGCAAUCACUGGACACUCUGUCGCAAGAGAAUCGACGAUCUUCUGAAGGUUCUCGAGGGCCAAUCUGUGGUCUCCCUUAACCCAGAGAACGUGAAGAUCCUCCAAGAAGCCCUCCGCCUUUACAUUGAGACGCAAGAGGACUGUGCGGUCUGUCUUGAUACCCUGGACAGCCCAGUCAUCACCCACUGCAAGCACGUCUUCUGCCGUGGCUGCAUCACCAAGGUCAUCCAGACCCAGCAAAAAUGCCCCAUGUGCCGCAACCAGCUCGAAGAAGAUUCUCUUCUUGAACCGGCCCCCGAAGGUGGCGAGGAGGCCGCAGACGAUGGCUUCGAUUCGGAUGGAAAGAGCUCCAAGACGGAAGCCCUCGUUAAGAUUGUCCAAGCCACGACAAAAGACCCAAAGUCCAAGAUUGUCAUCUUCUCGCAAUGGACUUCGUUCCUUAACAUUAUCCAAGCCCAAAUCGCGGAGGCAGGAAUCAAGUUCUGCCGCAUCGACGGCUCAAUGACAGCUGCGAAACGUGACGCAGCCAUUGAUGCUCUCGACAACGACCCCAAUACGCGGGUGAUGCUUGCUAGUUUGGCCGUCUGCAGUGUCGGUCUCAACCUCGUAUCGGCAGACACGGUCAUUCUCGCGGACAGCUGGUGGGCGCCGGCCAUUGAAGACCAGGCCGUCGAUCGUGUGCAUCGUCUGGGCCAGAAGCGGCCCACUACCGUCUGGCGACUUGUCAUGGAGGGCACCGUCGAGGAGCGCGUGCUGGAUAUUCAACAUGAGAAGCGAACGCUUGUUGGCAAAGCUUUCCAGGAAAAGAACAAGGGCAAGAAGACCCAGGAGACCCGGAUGGCAGAUAUCCAAAAGCUGCUCGGAUAA